AUGGCAGAGAUGGUACCUUUUGCGGUUCCCACCGAGAGCGACAAAACCUUGCUGGUGUGGGAGCUGAGCUCUGGACCCACCACCCAGGCCUUGCAACAUUCUCUGUUCACAGUCUUCUCCCAGUUUGGACUUACGUAUUCGGUCGGAGCCUCCCCAAAUGUGGCGGUGGCCUGUCCUGGUUUCUAUGCCAUCAUCGAGUUUUAUUCAGCAAGGGAUGCCCGCAGAGCCCAAAAGGCAUGCGACCAGAAGCAGCUUUUCCAGAACUCUCCAGUGAAGGUUCGUCUGGGCACCAGACAUAAGAUGUUUCAACCUAAUGCCCUUGCCCUAAGCAGCUCCAGAUGCCAAGAAUUGGCCAAUUACUACUUUGGAUUCAAUGGGUGGUCAAAAAGGAUCAUAAAGCUUCAGGAUCUUUCUGACCUUGAAGAAAGGGAAAAUGAAGGUAUUGUGGCACAACAUCAGAAGCAAAGCCUGAAGUUCUGUGCUUUAGAGGUGAUGUUAACAUCCUAUGAAGCCAGGAGUCCUGGAGCUGGCAUCACCGAGGAACCCUUGGACAAGCUGGAGGAAGGGCCAUUAUCAUUACUUAUGAAAAGGAAAAUAACCCAGAAGCUUGCUACAAAGGCUAUGACAGAUGCAUUCCAGAAACUGCUGAUUGUGGUUUUAGAAAACAGUAAAAUGGCUGUGGUGUACAGACCCUGUGAAGAGGUCACAGGUGCUAGGACUGAAGAGGAAGUACGGGAUUUAAUUCAAGUCAGUUACUUUUCUUGGAAGCAGUGUGGCCAAGGGAAGGAAGAAUGUCUCUCAGAUUUCAGUUUUGAGGAGGAGGAGUUCAGAAGGCCGGAACUGGACUAGCACUUUUGAAUUUCCCCGAAGGCCAGGCCCUGUGACUUCCUUGGGAAGCUCUGCACCAUCACCCCCACCCCUGCACUGCUGGAGUCCGGGGCCACUCUGGUCUGCAGCCCAAAUCCUGCCUCGUUGUGCUGGGGGCCAGGCCGGGGUUGGAGAGAGGGCCCGGCUGGAGGUGUCAACUUUGCUGGGGGAAGGAUGGCCUGGGCCCUGGGAAAAAGACUGACUCAGAUUGGAUCUCCACCCUGACCUAAUAAAGGUCGUGUCACUAAAGCCCAGAUGUUGGCCCCACCUCAUCAGGAGUUGACUGAGACUUUGCUUCUAUACACAGACAGGGCUAAAGAUGGAGAGCUGCCCGCAGGGCCAUAUCGAGGUGUGGCUGUCUCACAUCAAGAGGGGAAUGACAAGCUAACCCAGCAUCAAAAGCUCCCAGAGGAGGUUCCAGUGCUAGGCUGGGAUCAGAAUCAGGCCCCAGCUCUGUCUCCUCGACCCAAAGGUAACAUUAAAGCUGUAGAUGUAGAUCAAGCCGAAGAUCACCAGGCAUUUGAAAUACUUGUCCCACCUCUAGGUGGUAAGAGUUCAAAACCAACAAAGUUUAUUGUUUCACCCUGAAGAAAGGUUUAGUUCACCAUCGACGACUUGCCAAACAGUUGCACAAUGAUUAUUUGGAUUCCAGUAUGGAUGACUUUUACCCUGAGGAGAACCUACCUGUGGAUGUUCUGGGAAGCCCAGAUCAACCUCCAGAGCCCCCUGAGGGGGCUGAAAUGUCCUCAUCCCUGCAGGAGGCCCAAAAUCAUUGUCCAGCACACACUGAGGAGUUUGACUCUCCACCCCAGCAAGAGGCUCCUGCUCAAAAUUCGCAGACCCCUGAGAAGGUUGAACCUCUUCCACCCCAAGCAGAGGCCCAGGCUCAGCUUCCAGAGACCACAGAAGAGACAGAACCACCUCCCCUUCAGCAGGGGCUCUGUCUCAGCCUUCAGAGCCCCUGAGGAAGUAGGCACUUCAGUCUCUCAGGAGGAUGGAGGACUUCAGGAGGUUUUAGUUCAACCAUUAAGGCAUCAUGAGGUAGAACAGGAAUUUACUGUAACUCAACACCCAGGGUCACCUAAGACACCUUCGCCUUCGACUCCGUCUUCAGGGAUGCAUUCUGUAACAUAUACCCCAGAAAAGGAGCAACGAGAAAAGAAUUCUUCCACAAGCAUAAAUGUCUGUGAGCUUUGCAUUUGCAGUAAUGAGACCUUGUCCUGCGUUGGUCUCAGCCCAGAGGCGAGGCUCUGCAGAGUGCCCGUGCCAGAGCCCAACAGCUACAACAGCACCU